AUGACGUUUGUAGCGCUUAACGAGAACAUGCAAGCGAGCCCAGGACUUUCAAAAUUGAUGGACCCAACUGACCCAGAAGAUGUGAAGAAGCACGCCGAGAUUGCAAAGCAGCGAAAGGAGCUUUCUGCUCGAUGGCGCACUAUGCAGGACGCAGUGGAUCAAUUGCCGCAUGUAUCAGUCAACACGCUCAAAACCUAUAACUACAGGCGAUCUGGGGAAGUGGUAAUUCCUGACACGUUGAUCGAAGUACAAAAUUCGUUUUUGCCCAAACAUCUUAGCCGCAACAAUACCAAUUUCGGUGGGGAAGUGCUUACGUGGAUGGAUAAGAUAGCGCUAUGUUGUGCUCGCUACUUCACCAAGAAUCAAAACAUGGUCACCGUCUCAAUGAAUCGAAUAUUUUUCAAGCUGCCGAUCACCAUGGCGACGAUGCACGCACGUGUCAGCAGUUCUCGUCGUUACCACUUAGAAGUCGAAGCCGAGGUGUUUGUAGGUCGAAUCGGUUCCCAGGAGCGCCGAAGGUCUCAUACAGGGUACUUCACCGUGGCGAACCUAGAUCGAUCUAACCGCAUCAAGCAAAUCUCUACGGGUCUCAAGGUGGACGAAAAUGACCAGGAAAGCAUGCGCACAUUGCUCAAGGCUCAACACCGUUGGCUGUUUAACGAUCAAGAAACUAAGCUACUGACACUGGAGCCACUCUCACUGUCCACUCCAAACGCUUCAAGCUCUCAGAUUAUGUUUUGA